AUGCCUGCAGAAGUUCGUCCGCCGCCGCUGCUCAGACAGAGGCGAGCGUGGAGGCCAGGCCGUGGGCUGCGCGGGCGAGCUGCCGAGGAGCUGGGCAGUGUUCAGCAGCAGCUUGUUGCGUGGUCGCGCUGGCAGAUCUGUUUGAAUUAUGGAAAUGGACUCUAUUGGAAGCUUUAUAAUCAAAAUCGCAGGAGUGGUGUGUUGUCUCAUCCCAACAGCCUAGUCAGACAGAAGCGAGAAUGGACAGUCCCUCCAGCUUUCAUACGGGAAGAGGAGGACAAUUCCUAUAAAAAUCCAAUUGCUAGAAUACAUUCUGAUCUUGAAGAUACAGGGGUAGUGGUGACUUAUACUAUUUCUGGUCAAGGAGUAACAGAACCCCCUUAUGGAUUAUUUGUUAUCAAUGGAAAGACUGGAGACCUGAACAUAACAGGAAGGGUUGACAGAGAAAAGACUCCGAUGCUGUUUCUCAGAGGUCAUGCACUAGAUAAGACUGGAGCAAAACUGGAAGAGCCAAUAGACCUCCCAAUUAAAAUCAUGGAUAUAAAUGACAAUUUUCCAGUGUUUUCACACACAGUUUUUGUUGGUUCAGUUGAAGAAUUAAGUGAAACAGGUACAGUUGUAAUGAGGAUAAAUGCAACAGAUGCAGAUGAACCAAAUAACCUAAAUUCCAAAAUUGCUUUCAGGAUCGUUUCCCAAAGCCCUAGCGCUGCAUUCAGUAUGAAUAAGGAUACUGGCGAGGUUCGAGUAGCAAAAAUAAACCUUGACAGAGAGAUACAAAGUAGCUAUUCUUUGGUGGUGGAAGCAAAAGACCGUGGUGGUGAAUUAGAUGGGAAUGCUGCAACAUGUUCUUUAGAAAUCAAGAUUUUGGAUGUCAAUGACAAUCUGCCUGUGGUUGAAAAUCGUGUAUUUGAAGGAAGCGUUGAAGAAAACAAAGCAAAUGUAGAAAUUCUGUCAAUAAAAGUAUUUGACAAAGAUGAAGAAUUUUCUGAUAACUGGCUGGCAAACUUUUCAUUUGUUUCUGGUAACGAAGACGGCUUUUUUCGUAUAGUAACAAACAAACAAACAAAUACAGGAAUUUUGACUCUUGUGAAGGAACUGGAUUAUGAAAAAAUUCAAAGCCUAAAUUUGGGCAUUGUUGUUACAAACAAAGCAGAGUUCCACAAGUCAAUUAAACACAGUUAUAAAGCACAAACAAUUCCAAUCAAAAUUAAUGUGAUUAAUGUGCGGGAAGGCCCUGUAUUCCCCGGUGGCACAAAAAUUAUUGAAGCAAGUGAGAAACUACAGAUACGAGAGGUUAUUGGACAGUAUCAAGCCUAUGAUGAAGACACCGGAAAAAUAGCAGAGCGCAUUAUAUACAUGAAAGGAAGGGAUACAGCAAACUGGAUCACAAUAGACUCAGCCACAGCUGAAAUCCGACUUGCCAAAACACUCGAUUAUGAAUCGCAUCAUGUAGUAAAUGGUACCUACACUAUCACCGUGUUGGGUGUAACUACUGAUUUUCCGAAGAAAACGGUCACCGGCACAGUCAUUAUUCAAGUUAAAGAUGAGAAUGAUAACUGCCCAGUUAUUGUGAACCCUGUGCGGACUGUGUGUUCAGAUGCAAAAUUAGUUGAUGUUACAGCUAAUGAUUUGGAUGGUUACCCAAACAGUGAUCCCUUCAGCUUUACUGUCAUUGAUGAGCCAGAAGGGACAGCAAAAGAAUGGAUAAUUGCAUCUAGAAAUGGCACCAGCAUACAACUGGUACCACAAAACCUGAAGCUGGGCAGAACUGAAGUUCCCAUCCUAAUAAAGGAUUUACAAGGGUUCAGCUGUGCUCAAGCACAGUCUCUGCACCUGCAUGUUUGUAAGUGCAAGGCUGACGGCACAUGCAACAGUAAAGUUAUUGGUGCUAAGUCAGCAGGUCUGGGACCAGGAGCGGUUGCACUGAUCAUCUUGGCGUUUUUACUUUUGCUGCUUAUUCCACUGUUACUGCUGCUGUGUCCCUGCGGCUCAGGAGCAAAGGGAUUUGCUGCGAUACCGGACUACAGCGAAGCGAUGUUGCAUCAAUGGAGCACCGAAGGGGCAGCUCCAGAGGAGAAGGCAUUGCUAAGCCUCCUCACACCUGCUGCACUGGGGACAUCGGGAGGAGCAAUCAGCGGAGCAGCAACAGCAGCGGUGGCAGGAGCAGCAGCAGCAGCAGCAGGGGCAGGAGGAGGCAGUUCUGCCUCUCAUGGAAGAGAGCAUUGCAGCACUAUUACCAAGGAAAGAUGGGAAGAACAAAGACAUCUCCUUUCUGGUGCCGAGUAUGGAGCCAUGGCAGCUGGAGGAGCUGAAGGCAUGGCACUUAUAGGAGGCAAGACAGUGAUGGCUGGAGGAGGAGUCGCAGUAGGAGCGGCAGAAGCCAUGAAUGAAGGAUUUUUAAGAGACUACUUCAAUGGCAAAGCUGUCUCUUUUGCGGAAGAAGAUGAAGCCCAAGCUGCAAACGACUGUCUUCUGGUUUAUUCCCAGGCAGAGUCAGGCUCCCCACAUGGCUCCAUCGGCUGCUGCAGCUUUAUUGAGGGUGAUCUUGAUGACCACUUUCUUGAUGAUUUAGGAGACAAAUUUAAGACUCUAGCAGAAAUAUGCAUAGGCAGACACAUCAACAUGAAAGACGGUGGCUCCAGGAAUGAAUCAGGUUUCGGUCUUGAUGACACAAAGUCACAGUUCUUAGAUCAGCAAAAUGCUUCCAGCUCUGAACAAGCCUUUGCCUUGGGCAGCUGCUUCCAGCCCACCCCACUGGUGCACGGGGGCGGUGGCACAGGAAAAGACACCGUGUCCGAGAAGGUUGUCACGGAAACAACCUUUGCAUCCCUCUCUGGGCAGCAUGAUGCCCAGCCCCUUCCCACAGCCCAUGCAGAGACCAAUUUCACCAUGACGGAAACGUCCUACUCUGCCGGGGCUCCUGCCCGCUCAGCCACUGUCUUUCUAGACCCCCAGUUUAAGGAGAACGUAGUGGUGACAGAGAGAGUGCUGGCACCUACGUCAAGCUUGCAGGGUAUGGUGGAAAUCCCCGACUUGCCACACGGAAGUAAUGUGGUGGUCACAGAGAGGAUGGUGAAGUCAGAGGGUGCCGGGCCAAGAGUCGUGACAGUUCAGGAUCUCCCCGACUCCCAGUAUGUCGUAGUGAGGGAGCGGGAGAGGGUGCUUGUGCCUGCUGCAGAGCAGGGCUCGCUCAGCUUCCCCUCUUUGGCAGAGGGGCACAGCGUGGUGGUGAACGAAAGGGUGGUGACAGCCUCAGGGAUGCAGAGCAGAGCCGAACAGGCGGCGGGUGGCGGCUCAGGAAGGCAAGAGCACAUGUUGGUCACAGACUCCCUGCUUAACCAGGUGGGCUCCAACUUGGAGGGACCACCUCCUGCCAGUGCCACGCUGAGCAAGUCUUCCAGGGUCACCAAAUACAGCACGGUGCAGUACACUCGCUCAUAG